CUGUGCCGCUAGGAGGCCGAACAACAACAAAAAUUAUUGCGAUAUUGCGAAAUUUGCUCAUGUGACAGAGACCGAGGUGGGCGAGCCUGCUUUUCAGCCUUAAACGCUUCUUGAAGACCACGGCUUAGGUAGCGUGACGAGAAGUCGAUCAAGUACUUUCUAUUGCUCCCAAGAACAAGAUUGUUACAUAUUCAUCUAGGUGCUAAGUUAAGAAUGCUGACUGGGACAGUUGCAGUUUAAAUAAGAGGAGGCUAAUUUAAUAGGCUGGCCAGAGAUUGUGUAUACUGCCAUCAUUGCCACCGUUGAUCUCGCAACCACAGGACAAAAAUGGCACUCAUUGAUGUUGAUCAAGACACUUGGCAAUCCGAAAUCAGAGGCUGCGAUAAAUUGUCUCGAGAAAUCAACCAGCUGUUGUCUGAGCGCAGUAGGGAACUCGACACAAACAGUGAUAAUUAUGCCCGGCUCUCCACAAAAAUCAGACUCCGUUUAAAACAAUUCAAUGUCCAGAUUAGUCAACUUGAGCAAACCCAACCCAUCAGCCCAAUAACUGCUGAGGAGCGGGAGAGAAGAUUUCGAGACAUGGAGUCAUUGAAAAGCUGCAUGGUACGGCUGCAAAGCCAAUUUGAAAGAAGGCGCGGCACGCAACCAGCACAUGAACCAAGCACUUCUUGGGAAAAUGCAGGAUCAACUGGCGAGAUAAGAAGUCACAUGCGAGUACUGGAAGAAGAACAGGACCGUGGACUAGAGGCGCUCUCAAAGAUCGUUUCUAGGCAGAAACAAAUUGCUGAAACGAUUGAUGGGGAACUUGGCAAUCAAAAUGAAAUACUGGAUGAUAUUGCUGUGCGAGUAGACACAACAGAUGAGAACAUUUUGACCGAGACCAGGCAUGUGGCUGUCGUGGAUCGCAAAGAUUCAACUUGUGGCUAUUGGACCGUGAUAAUAUUACUGCUGAUUGCAAUUGUGUGUGUCUGGGUAAUUUAAAAUCAUUCAUCACAUUCCCAGCAGAAGCAGAGCCAAAGAACUGAAUUUUCUACGAAAUAAAAUUAAAUGCCGUAAAUUUAUGUGCCUGUUUCCAGUCAUUGCUCUGAUGAAUCCGUAUCAUAUUACCAUGCCUGAUUAACUUGUUAUAUUUAUCUUAUACGCUGUAUGCAUAGACUGUUGAUGUAAAAUGCUCCAUUAAGACUAUUUUAACAAAAUAUGGUUCAUAUAUUAAAAUAUGUCUGUUAA